AUGCCGGCUACAAAAGAUCCUCCCUUCUCCGUAAAAUCAAAUAGUAGAUCUCCUUCGCAGACUUCGCCGGCAAAGCACCUGCCCAAGCAGCCAUUCAUGAUCGGUGUCGCCGGCGGGACUGCUUCCGGCAAAACGACUGUCUGUAAUCUGAUCAUCUCCCAGCUUCACGAUCAACGCGUCGUACUCGUUAAUCAAGAUUCAUUUUACCGGUCCCUUACACCUGAGCAACUGAACAACGUCAAAGAAUACAACUUUGAUCACCCCGAUGCUUUCAACACAGAGCUUCUGCUGUCGUGCAUGGAGACACUGAAGCGUGGUGAAGCCGUCACCACGCCGAACUACGAUUUCAAGACCCAUCAAAGCGUGGGACCUGGGAGCAAGCAGGUGAACCCUGCAGACAUAGUGAUUCUUGAAGGGAUCCUAGUUCUUCACGAUGAACGGGUGCGUGAUCUUCUGAACAUGAAGAUUUUCGUCGACACAGAUUCUGACCUACGGCUUGCCAGGAGGAUUAAAAGGGAUACAGUUGAGAGAGGGAGGGAUGUUCAGAAUGUGCUUGAUCAAUAUGCUAAGUUUGUGAAGCCUAGCUUCGACGAAUUCAUACUCCCCUCAAAGAAGUAUGCAGACAUUAUCAUUCCACGAGGAGGAGACAACGAAGUUGCCAUCGAUUUGAUUGUACAGCACAUUCAUACGAAGCUUGGACAGCAUGAUUUGUGCAAGAUAUAUCCAAAUCUUUUUGUUUUCUUCUCCACAUUUCAGAUUGGCGGCAUGCACACGCUGAUAAGGGAUAUGCAGACUACAAACCAUGAUUUCGUGUUCUAUGCAGACCGGUUGAUUCGUUUGGUGGUAGAGUAUGGUCUUGGGCACCUGCCAUUUACAGAGAAACAGAUCAUUACUCCAACAGGAUCCAUAUACCCAGGAGUUGUCUUCUGCAAGAGAUUGUGUGGCGUCUCAGUCAUCAGGAGCGGGGAGAGCAUGGAGAAUGCGCUGAGAGCAUGUUGCAAAGGAAUCAAAAUCGGCAAGAUCCUCAUCCAUGGAGAGCGUAACGAUGGAAGGCAGCUGAUAUACGAGAAGCUACCUUCGGACAUCUCUAGCCGCCAUGUCUUAUUGCUCGACCCAGUUCUUGCUUCAGGGAACUCUGCAGUGGAAGCUGUGUCUUUGCUUCUCAGUAAAGGGGUUCCAGAAUCCAACAUCAUUUUCCUCAACCUCAUAGCAGCACCACAAGGAAUACAUGUCAUCUGCAAGAAGUUCCCCAAGCUCAAAGUUAUAACGUCAGAGAUCGAUGAAACGUUGGAUGAUGAUUUACGUGUGAUUCCAGGCAUGGGAGAGUUCGCAGACCGUUAUUUUGGCACAGAUUGAUCCUUCAACUAGAACUUCCAACAACUAAUAAUAAUGUCUCUCAUUCUUUGAUCAAAGUCGAUAGUGCUCUCCCUAUAUAUCCCCAUUCUUUCAUCUCUAUUCAUGUAACGGAACCAUACUGGAAGAGAAAUUUUGACAACAGC